GUGCAUGCGAAGAGCCAGGCCUGGGCUGGGCCACGGCUCUCCCCUGGUGACACCACUCCAUCCCUGGCCUCCAGGCACUUGCACCCAGUUUAAAGAUGAGUGAAGAACUGUGGGUUGCCCUCACCCCUGAAGAAUUUGACCAGCUCCAGAAAUAUUCAGAAUAUUCCUCAAAGAAGAUAAAGGAUGUCUUGACUGAAUUUAAUGAGGGUGGGAGCCUCAAACAAUAUGAUCCACAUGAGCCGAUUGGCUAUGACGUCUUCAAGCUAUUCAUGAAGGCAUACCUGGAGGCGGACCUUCCCCAGCCACUGAGCACUCACCUCUUCCUGGCCUUCAGCCAGAAGCCCAGACAGGAGACCCCUGACCGCCCAAAGGAGGCGGCCAGCAGCAGCGAGGCCAACGGCCCAGAUCCUAAUGUACAGAAUGUCGAUAAUGCUGCCAAAGCAGACGAGGCCUGCGCCCCUGACACUGAAUCAAACAUGGCUGAGAAGCAAGAACCAGCUGAAGAUGAGGUGGCUGCAACCCUCCUGGGAGCGCCUGCUGCUCAGUCUUCAAGCUCGGAAUCCCCCAUAGUGUACCUGAAGGAUGUCGUGUGCUACCUGUCCCUGCUGGAGACGGGGAGACCUCAGGAUAAGCUGGAGUUCAUGUUCCGUCUCUAUGAUUCAGAUGAGAACGGUCUCCUGGACCAAGCGGAGAUGGAUCGCAUUGUCAACCAAAUGCUGCAUAUUGCUCAGUACCUGGAGUGGGAUCCCACAGAACUGAGGCCUAUAUUGAAAGAGAUGUUGCAUGGGAUGGACUACGACCGGGACGGUUUUGUGUCUCUACAGGAAUGGGUCCAUGGAGGGAUGACCACCAUCCCAUUGCUGGUCCUCCUGGGGAUGGAUGACUCUGGCUCCAAGGGGGACGGGAGGCACGCCUGGACCAUGAAGCAUUUCAAGAAACCAACCUACUGCAGCUUCUGCCACAUCAUGCUGAUGGGUGUCCGGAAGCAAGGCCUGUGCUGCAUUUACUGUAAAUACACUGUUCACGAACGCUGUGUAUCCAAAAACAUUCCAGGAUGCGUCAAAACGUACUCAAAAACCAAAAGGAGCGGCGAGGUGAUGCAGCACGCAUGGGUGGAAGGGAACUCCUCUGUCAAGUGUGACCGAUGCCACAAAAGUAUCAAGUGCUACCAGAGUGUCACUGCACGGCAUUGCGUGUGGUGCCGGAUGACGUUUCACCGCAAAUGUGAAUUAUCAACAUUGUGUGAUGGAGGGGAACUCCGAGACCAUAUUUUACUGCCCACCUCAAUAUGCCCCAUCACCCGGGACAAGCAAAGCGGGAAGUCUGACGGCAGCGUGCCAGCCAAGGGCGAGCUUGUAAUGCAGUAUAAGAUCAUCCCUACCCCGGGUACCCACCCCCUGCUGGUCUUGGUGAACCCCAAGAGUGGAGGGAGACAAGGAGAAAGAAUUCUUCGGAAAUUCCACUAUCUGCUCAACCCCAAACAAGUUUUCAGCCUGGACAACGGGGGACCUACUCCAGGAUUGAACUUUUUCCGUGAUACUCCAGACUUCCGUGUUUUAGCCUGCGGAGGAGAUGGGACAGUUGGCUGGAUCUUGGAUUGCAUUGAUAAGGCCAACUUGGCAAAGCAUCCACCAGUGGCUGUCCUGCCUCUUGGAACAGGAAAUGACCUUGCCCGUUGUCUCCGCUGGGGAGGAGGUUACGAAGGGGGCAGCUUGACAAAAAUCCUGAAGGAGAUUGAGCAGAGCCCCUUGGUGAUGCUGGACCGUUGGCAUCUGGAAGUCAUCCCUAGAGAGGAGGUGGAAAACGGGGACCAGGUCCCAUACAGCAUCAUGAACAACUAUUUCUCCAUUGGUGUGGAUGCUUCCAUCGCACACAGAUUCCACGUGAUGAGAGAGAAGCACCCUGAAAAAUUCAACAGCAGGAUGAAGAACAAGCUGUGGUACUUUGAGUUUGGCACCUCGGAGACCUUUGCAGCCACCUGCAAGAAACUCAAUGACCACAUAGAGUUGGAGUGUGAUGGGGUUGAGGUGGACCUGAGCAACAUCUUCCUGGAAGGCAUUGCCAUUCUCAACAUUCCCAGCAUGUAUGGAGGCACCAAUCUCUGGGGAGAAACCAAGAAGAACCGGGCUGUAAUCCAGGAAAGCAGAAAGGGCAUCACUGACCCCAAGGAACUAAAAUUCUGCGUCCAAGACCUCAGUGACCAGCUCCUUGAAGUGGUGGGGCUGGAGGGAGCCAUGGAGAUGGGGCAGAUCUACACCGGCCUGAAGAGUGCGGGCAGGAGGCUGGCACAGUGCUCGUCUGUCACCAUCAGGACUAACAAGCUGCUGCCAAUGCAAGUGGAUGGCGAGCCCUGGAUGCAGCCAUGUUGCACGAUUAGAAUCACUCACAAGAACCAAGCGCCCAUGAUGAUGGGGCCUCCCCAGAAGAGCAGCUUCUUUUCAUUGAGGAGAAAGAGCCGCUCAAAAGACUAAACGAUGUGCCAAACGGCAGCUAAGCCAAGAGUGAAAGCAAGAAACUGUACCUACACACUCGCACACACACAUUUAUGUGCACACACACACAGAAACACACACACUCUUCUCUAACCAGUGGAAGCAAAGCCACCCUUCAGGAAGAAAACUUCACCUUGCCAUACAUCCUACCUAUUUCAGUAAUGGAUACACCCUAACAGAGCCAGUGCCAACUUAACAUUCGGAAUGGACCUUGGGCCCACAAGGGUAUGGUUAGCUCAUGCAGCAACUUCCACAUUCCCACAGGCCUUGAGCAGGACUUUCUGAGACUGAAGGAGAAAUCCCCCUUCCUUUCCAUCAGCCCUGCAGGUUUCCUCAUGGACACUGGCGAGGAGCAGGCUGCAGGUUUCCUGCCUAUGGUGAGGUCGGAUGUGGCCGAGGGAAAGGGCUCCAGUUCCAGAGAACUUGCACAAAGGUCCCCCUGUACAGAGACAAAACGGCCUCCGGCUCUCAGAGCACACUCCUUGGCAGGGCUCAGCAAGCGCACGUUGGUUUCUUGGUUGUCCUCUGAGCGACAACUUCUCCCUGAACUUGCUGAGGAGGCAGAAAGGCCGUGGAAAGCUGUGUUUCCAUUCCUGGUUCUCUGUGUUGUCAGUGGGCACUUAUUUUCCCAAAGCCUUCUCCUGGUGACUGUGUGUUUGUUUAGAGGUGGCUCCAAGAGCCCCCAGAGCUGCCUGUGCAGCACACCUUAGAUGUGGUAUUUAUUUUCUUAGUUCUCUGAACACCUGGGAGGGAAAGCAGAGAAACUGGGAUUUAUUUUCCAAAUUGGUGUCAUAAUAUUGUG